CCAUUUAUCUUAAAGAGUAAAAAAAUGAUAUAUAUUUUUAUGAAAACAGUUUUACCUGACAUGACUGCUUGGUAUGAAUAUGAUAUUGAUGUUAUUGCUCCCCAGCUGUAUGUGGACUGCUACUGCACCCUAAGAAGCCAAAGCCCACAUGUCUUAAUCUCCCAACUGCAACUUGUUUUCUCCAGGUGCUAUACAUUCCAAACACCCUUUAUAACAAAAAUAAAUUAAAACUCCUUUCUUUUCUCCCUCUUAACUCUAUCCCUCUAUUUAUUAUUCCUCUUUUUAUAUACUUUCUUUCCCAAGUUCCCUCAUUUUCCACACAAAAAAAAUCCUUUAUAUCAACACUACUUCAACACCAACAUUGAUUUACUAACAGGCCAACCUCUCUUCUCUUUCUCCUUCUUUUCAAAGAAGAAGAAAAAAGGAAGAGUUGGAGAUAUAUUCAUCUUGAUGCUGCUUAACCUCCUCUUCAUGCUUCUUCUUGAUCUGAUGAUUGAAAUAAUUCAUGUCUUCUUCAAUACUGACUGAAUUGCUCUUCUGUGGGUUUAUGAUCAAUUCCACAUACAGGCGCAGAACCCAUCUUGUUCAAUCCUUCUCUGUUGUCUUCCUCUAUUGGUUCUACUGCAUUUCAUGAUCAUAUCAUCUUUCUACCGAUCUCUAUCCUCCUAAAUAUUUCAUUCGAUUAAUUGCUCUAUCUCAAUUAUAUAUAAUAUAUACAUAUAUAUAUCAAUUUAUCCUCCUAAAUAUUUCAUUCUGAUCAGGAAUCCUUUCCAGUUUUUUCUUUCUUUCUUUUCAUGGCUUCUUCCUCCAAUGGGGUGGUGAUGGCGGUGGCGGUUGCGAUGGCGGCUUCAUCAGGGUCGGGCUCGGAGGAGGAAGAACAACUUCAGCUACUGAUGAUGAUUGACCAGAGGAAGAGGAAAAGGAUGAUCUCCAAUCGUGAAUCUGCCAGGCGAUCCCGGAUGAGAAAGCAGAAGCAUCUAGAUGAUCUGACGGCUCAGCUUGCUCGAACAAGGAAGGAGAACAACCAGAUGAUUGCAGCCAUAAGCUCUACUACACAACUCUACAUCAAUGUUGAGACUGAUAACUCAAUACUGAGAGCUCAGAUGGCUGAACUUACCCAAAGAUUGGACUCCCUUAAUGAAAUCAUCACUUUACUGAAUUCUACCACUACUGGCAGUUUUGGUUCAAAGGACCAAUACUCUGCUGCAGCAGCCGAAUCUAGAGACUGUUUCAAUAACAACAACUCAUGGGAUUAUCUCUUCAUGAUGAAUCAACCUAUCAUUGCCCCUCCAGAUUUGUUGCAGUACUAGUACACAACCUUAAGAGAAAAAGAGAGAGAGUGUGUGUGUUUCCAUAAUUAUGUGUCUAAAAUAAGAAAAUAUUAACAACUAUGAUAGCUAUAGGAGUUUGUCCAAAUUUGGGUUUUCAAGAAUUUCAGUGUUGUAAUCUCUUUCUUUCUCCAGCCAAUAUAAUAUAUAUAAGUUGAGUUUUCUUCUUCAUU